AUGGGUCUGAAUGCCUCAUCAACUACAGAGUCAACAGAAAUGGUAAAGUUAGGCAAGAAAAGUUGGAGAAGGUAUUUGUUAAAACCGUUGUCAAAGCCUCUUGAUGCUAGAGCUAAGCAGAAUGUUUCUUGGGUGCAACUGUCUGGGCAUGAAGGCAGUCUAAUAUCGAACGGUAAAGGGAGCGUCUUAAAGCGUUACUGUCAGUGUGAAGCUCAGUGCUUGUUACAGCUCCAGUUGGACGUACUCAGGUCAUUUGUUCCCCAGUAUCAAGGCGAGAAACUUCUGAAUGGUGAACGUUAUUUGAAAAUGCAAGAUUUGCUCUAUAACUUUAAAUCACCAUCAGUAAUGGACUGUAAAAUUGGGCAGCGUACUUAUUUAGAAAGUGAAGUUUCUGUAGACGGAACAAAUGUCCGGAAAGACCUAUACCUGAAGAUGAUUUCUACGUCUCCUAGUGCUCCCACUGAUAAGGAACAUCAAGAUAAAGGUGUUUCGAAAAUACGUUACUUGCAAUGGCGUGAUUCAAUUAGUUCAACGGCUGAGUUUGGUUUUCGUAUAGAAGCAAUUAAGACACAUGGUGAAUGUACCCGACGCAACUUCCAACAUACUCGUACGUGGGAUGAGUUGACUACUUAUUUCAAAUUCUUUAUAAAAUCUCGUAAAACAAUUGCUCGAAUUUAUUUGACUCAAUUGCUGAAAUUAAGAAGUGCGCUUGAAGUGUCCGAAUUUUUCGCUAGACAUGAGUUCAUUGGAUCUUCCUUAUUAUUUGUACACGAUGAGUCAGGUUAUGCUAAUGUAUGGUUGAUUGAUUUUGCUAAAAUAUUCUCUUUAUGCGACAGUCAAAUUCGUCUCAAUCAUCGGUCUGCUUGGCAUUUUGGCAAUCAUGAAGAUGGCUGUUGUAAUCAUAUCUUCGAAAACAUUCCAAAAAUGAAUAAAAGUUGA